AUGAACCAUACAGUUUUCCAUGUGCAAAAUUCAGCAGACAUUUAUUAAAAAAAGAAUAAUAUUAAAUUUGAGUUAAGCAUACAUUCUGAUAAAGAUAUUGAUAUGAAUCUGUAAUAUUUGGAAUAAGAAGUUUCAUUUUAACUCAGAGAUUGCUUUUUUGAUCCAAGAAAUGACAAAAGUGGAUCGAUUUCUAAAAAUUAGAUAAAAAAGAUUUUAUUUGCUUAUCUAAGAUAUUAAAAUGACGAAAAAGUCAUUUAAUUCCUUUCUUCAGUGAUAUCAAGUUAGUGGGGAGGAAACUUAAAGAGUGUAGUUUUUAAGUUAGCGGAGCUGAAUGGAAUAUUUCCGCAAAAGGAUAUUGUUAUAAAAUCUAUAUAAGAAAGCAUCAGUAGCGUUUCUUCUUAUUCGCUUAAAAAAAUAUCAGAAGAAAUAUCUUUGUUUUUUAUUGAUUGGUUUUUUGAGGAUCAAACUAGUGCAUUUCAUUUUUAGGUCUUUGAAAUCUACAGCUAAAUAUGCAAAAAUAUUAAUUCAGCUGACUCAUUAAAAAAUUCAACUCAAACAAGAUAAUUAUCAUUCAAAAUCUUAAGUAACAUGCUUACAAAUUUAGUGCUUGCUUAAUCUAAAAACUACAACUAAUAUAUAGUUUAACAUAUAAUUCAAUUUAUAACAUCUAAGAAAUAGCAAAUCAUAGAAAUAUUUUGCAACAACUUUAAAUCAGAUUUGAAUUCUGCAACUUUCAAACAAUAAAUAGAAGUAAUUAGUCACUUAAACUAAUUAACAGAGAGCUAAUUUAUAUUUCAAGAUUUAAUUAAUUCGACCUUUAACAUUGCCUUUGACAUGCUAAUAAACUUAAAGGACGUUCAUGUAAUUUUAGAGUAUCACAAGUAAUCGUAUGAAUAGAUAUCUAAAAAUGAGUUAUUAAAACAAUAAUAUGCUCUCGGUCUUAGAAAUUCAUUGGAAAAUUAAAACUAUUAAAUUAAUUUAGCAUUUGUAAUUCAUUAGCUUAUUCAAAAUAAUGACAUAUAAAUGUUUAAAAAUAUAUCUUCAUUCUUAUUGGCAAAUAUUGAUGUUAUAGAAAAGUUUGAAAUAUCUUAUAGACAUUUCCUCAUAAAAAGAUUGUAAUUAGGAGAAGGUGAAAACGAAGCAAACUUUUUUGAUAUAUUGUGUAAAAUUAUUGGAAGUAAUAAGAUUAGUCAUAUCACACAAAUAGUUAGUGAUUUGAAGAAAGAAAAGGAUAAAAUGUGGGUUCGAGAUAAGAAUGUUUCCAUUUUGCUAAUAAAUAAACAAAAUGCUACAUUCCAGCAAAUUAUAAAUUAGUUUCAAAGAUAAAAUAUUCCUUAAAUCAGUGAAAUCUAAAAGAUAAUAACAAAUAUUUUUACUACUCUAAAAUAAAGUAUGUCUAAAAAAUAAUUUCUACUUACCAAUGAUAUAAUAGUCAAAGUAUAGAUACAAUUUUCAGAUAAGAAUUAUGUUGUUUAACUCUCUCUUGAUUAGUAUUCUCUCUUAAGCUAAUUUUAAAAGAAAAAUUAAAUUAAAAAAGAUGAACUUAAAAAAGUAUCGUCCUUGAAUGAUGAAGAUUUUCAACUUAAUUUACAAUCACUGAUUAAUUCAUCGUUUAAUGGCUAAAAUUUACUAUUAGUUAAAGAUGAUGAUAUUUAGUUUAAUCUUAAAUUUGGGAAUAACAAUUAAGAAUAUGACUUUUCAAUGGAGUGUAAUGUUAAGUACUUGAUUGGUCAUUUCCAUAAAUCUUCCCAGAAAGAAAAUAAAAAGAUAGCCAUUUCUUUUGAAGAAAAUCCUGGAUAAAAAAAAUAUAUUAUUGAAGCAGGUAUUGUAAAAAUGGCAAAGCAAUUAAUGUCGUUUGAUAAAAAUGUCAUAUUUUAAAAGACCCUUGAUUAUUUGAGAGAUAAAAUACAGCUUGAUUUUACCAACUUUGAUACUGCUCUUGAAGGAUUGAUAAAAAAAUAAUACAUCGAAGACAAAGGAUAAAAUUAGUAUAAAUACAUUCCAUGA